GGGCUCAACUGCUUAGGGGCAGUUGGCAGGGCGCUGGGCACAUCGGGAAUAUUCUCAGACCUCAACACGCAGUUCGCCAUAAGUUUGACGGGUCAGGUGAUAGCAGCCAUGGCGCAGUCCUUCUUACUCUUCAUACCGACGAAGGUGUCACAGCUGUGGUUUCCAGAUAACGCCAGAGCCGUGUCCACGACGAUACUCUCUUUGUCGAACCCGCUGGGCAUCGUAGUAGCCAUGGUGGUCUCUCCCCUCACGGUGAAUGAGAAAGAGGACUUCCCUCUCCUCAACUGGAUCUUUAUGGGCGUCGCCGUCGUGGCCGAAAUCGUCACGAUUAUCUGCGUGACGAGCUCCAAGCCGCCAACGCCGCCGAGCGCAAGCGCAGAAGAAGGCAACGACCAGCGAACCAAAGCAUCCUACCUGAGCCAGUUGAAGGACGCUUUCACCUGCGUGCCCUACUGGCUCCUUCUGUUGGCCCUCGGCUGCGGCGUUGGGCUCUUCUCCGCCCUGGCCACCGUCACCCAGCAAAUCCUCUGUCCUCUAGGAUACUCAGAUGACUUCGGAGGUCUGGCUAACGCGACCAUGAUCCUGUGUGGGUUCGUAGGAUCUGCUGUGACGGGUAUAAUGGUGGACAAGACGAAACAGUUCACUCCCAUCACCAAGGUCUGCUACGGCGCAGCUGCUGUCAUGGCCAUUGUUAUGCUGGAAUUGUUCUUGGUGCCCUACCAGCCGGCCCUGAUAGCCACCUUCACAGGUCUCUUUGGCUUCUUCGGGAUAGGCACCUAUCCGAUAGGUCUAGAACUGGCGGUCGAGGCUACCUACCCAGUCGACCAAACCAUCAGCACAGCUUUCAUAUUCAUGUCAGGUCAAAUCCAGGGGGUGGUCAUCAUCGCCUUGAUAGGGUUACUGGCCAGACCACAGAAGGACAAAUACGUUGACAUCCAGGUCUGCACCAAAAGUGACGUCUCGCAGAUCGAGCCCAAAGAUUACACAGUGUCGCUUUUGGUCGUCAUGUCGUUAUUGGUUCUGAUGGUCACCCUGACGAUCCUCUUCAUGGAGACGCCGUACAAGAGACUGGAGGCCGAGAGAGCUGCCAUGAAGAGAAAAGCGUCCGAGGAGUCUAGACCCAUCUCGCCAUCACCUUCCUCCUCCUCUUCUUCUUCCAGCUCCAUAGAAGGAAUGGGUGGGGAGGGAGCGCACACCGUUAUAGGAGACGACGGUGGCUCCCUCAAAAUCAAUCACUCGAAACUGGCCAAUGGUAGAAGUCCCUCAGUCGAGGAGAAGGAACCAGAAACCUGCAAAAAUGGAAUAGUUGAAGAAAGUAAACUAUAGCAGAUUUCAAGAUACAUAACCCAGUAAAACGUAUAUGCCAAAAAUCGUUCGUGUUUUUCGUUGUCAUCGUGUGGUUUUAGUGUUUAUUUGUUCGUCUGCGCCUAAACAGUUUAUGUUUUGAUUUGUCUGCUGCUACUUGAUGACGGGUAUAGGUCUACAUUCCACAGAUUUACGCGGUUCACAAGGUAAAGAUGAAGUUGAAAAGAAACCUUUCUAGCUUUCGACGAUCCCUUCUUUCAGAACAUUUAGGCAAGAUGCCAUACAGUUUCUGUAAUUGUUGCUUUUUGUCCCAAAUUCUUGUGAAGAGUUAUGUCUUGUGAUUAUUAAUAAGCAAAUUUUAAAUAUAGCACCAGGAUGGCUGACAGGAUGAAUAAUCGGUUUUUCUGUUGUAUUUUCCUGUUUUCAACGAAAUUAAUAAUGACUUUUAGUCGAAGAUAUAUGAUUUUUGAGCUUGAGUAAAAUACCCAAAGGAGUAAUUUAUGUCCAGCCAAAAAGAAAAAAUAA